CAAGCGGACACCAUUUGGGUGAUCGACUUCCUGCUACGAACGAAGGAAACAUCUUCCAAUUCCAAGCCGGUUAUAGCUUUUUUAAAGAAGGAAAGGACUAAUAUGAAUACAAUCCAUCCGAUAUGGAGAAUGCUUUAGUUAACCUUCUUAUUUGUGGAUGCCUUCUUUUUACAAAGGCGUCUCACUUUUAUAAUUGCUCGGGUUGUCAACCGAAACGGAACGGAACCAGGAACGGAAAUGUCAAUCGUUACAAAUGUGAUGCAUGUGACAGGAUAUUUGACCACAGUGUUAACGAAAAAGACCAAACACCAGCGUAUAAAGUCGUAGAGAAACAGAACAUUGAAGAUUGCUCGUCCGGAAAUAUAGCUGCAUCUGUAGUUGGGGGUGCUUUGUUUGGAUCACUUGUCACAGUCCUUAUCUUCAUGCUUCACCGCUAUAGGCAGAAAAAGAGUAUCAGAAAUCCUGUACAAAAUCCGUCAUAUCAGACAGAAAUGAUGCGUAUAAACGAAAGAGGUCUAGAGGAAGAUAUCGGAAAGAGCAUGUACAGUGAAAUAAAUGACGAAAGGUCUAACAAAGAAUCUCGGGUACCCCCUAUUUGGAAGAAUGGAAAUAUUCAUGAGAAUAAAGAUGGUGUAUACAACACGUUGAAUGAAGCAAACAUUAUGGACAGAAGUGAGUACUACGAUCACACCAGACCAGGAGCCUCGUUUUCAACACCGGCUGAUGGAUACGGGACUGUGACUUUGGAAUACGAUCAAGCCAGAAUAGAUGCCUCAGUAUCGAAACCAUCUGACGGAUACGGGACUGUGACUUUGGAGAACGGUGGAAACGAUACACAUCCAAAGGAUAAGUCUGUGGUUGAAAAGGAUAUAAUAUCUAGUCAAGAAGACAAAACAGAUGAAUACUUUGUGCUCGAAAAAAUACAGUGAAGAAGCGUUAUGAAUUACUGAUUUAACUUUACAUCAGCUUAUAAUGUAUGUAGUGCAUUGAUAUGAUAAAAAUUGUUUAACCUACGGGUAUUAUGUUGUCAAUGAAUGUACGUGUAGUUUAAGUGAAAUUGAAUUUGGUGCUGUUUGAAAGAUAAUAUAAUUAUACACUCACAAUCAAAGAAGAAACACAACAACCUGAUUUAGGGUGAAAAUUAUAUACGGGACAUAACUAUGUACCAAAAAAGUAAGGACAUCUUUUACUUUGCCAAAUCAGUUAUUUAACGGUUGAAUGAUUUUCAUUCCAAUACCGGAAGUUGAUUUUUAGCCCUCUUAACAGAAAUCAAAAUUUGCAUUUUUGAUAAAAUUUUUGACAAUAUUUUUGGUUUUCAAGAUUUUGUCUCUGUUUAUCAUAAAUAUUGUAUUAAAAUCCCGGGGAAAAUUCUUUUUUUUCGGAUGUAAUACUUAUGUUUCCUAAAAAUGACUGAUAGCAAGCAUUGUCAUUGCUAAUGUUGAAAAUUUUCAACAAAAAGAAAAAGGAGAGCUGCAGAUGCAAGUAUACACUUCACUCAUCAGGUUCAUGUGUUUCAAAAGCAUGAACAACAGUUCUUUGACCGAAAGUCCAAGGGUUACUGCACUACGCCAAGUUAGAGAAAAAUUCGACCUCAGUAUCUGAAAAACAGGCAUUUAAAAAUGACCAAGAAUAUUUAUUUCGCUCAGAUAAAGACAUUAAUACACCUUAUGCAUUGUAGAAAUCAGGCUGCAUAUGUUUUACAUGGCAAACUAGCACAUUUUAAUUGAAUAUUCGGAAGGGGAUGUUUAAAGAGUUAUGUGUUACUUUCUAAAGUCUAAAAAUAACAUGUUACGUUUAAAUGGAACAUUAUUUUUUACUUUUCACCUUACUGUAUUCAUUUUUAAUGUUAUUAUUAAACCUUAAAUAGAUUGUUAGUAUAUUUUUCAUUUAAAUUUGCAUCAAGAGUCACUCAGUUACUAAAUGAAAGAACCAUGUGGUUUACACAAUAUACAUAUCAUUGAUUACUUCAUAAUACUGCUAUUUGGACUUGUACUACAUGCACGACAGAAUUAUAAAUUGGUCUUAUUUAAUAUA